AUGUGCGCAGGUGUGACUGUAUCGGCGUACGAAAUCAAGAAGGGAUUCAGACGAGCUUUCGCGGAGCCAUGGCCUCACGGUUUGAGAUACGAGGGAGACGGGCGGCCGUUUUGGCGGCAUGCAGUGGCCAUGGCAACAGGUUCAGACAAUCAGGACCUUUUCGAAGACCUUUACCAGCACUAUGAGAAGGCUUCGGCAUGGAGGGUGGCAGAGGGUGCAGUGGAUGCUCUGUUGAGACUCAAGCAAGUCAACGUCCGCCUGGCGAUUGUCUCCAACUUUGACUCCAGACUGCGCCCGAUUCUGCGGGACCUUCAAGUCGACUCUCUGUUUGAUGCAAUCGUCGUAUCGGCUGAAGUUAGAUACGAGAAGCCAUCACCAGAGAUAUUCGCCAUUGCCCUCGAGCAACUCGGCGUGCCGUCUCCCAGUCGAGUGGUGCAUGUGGGGGACGAUGCAGUGAACGACUUAAAAGGGGCCAUCGAUGCAGGCCUGCAUGCAUGGUGA